AUGAUAGGCUACGUGGUGAGGAGGAUAGGCCUCUUCAUUCCCACCAUACUUCUGACUACCGUAAUCGUGUUUGCCCUCUUCUUCCUGGUCCCCGGUGAUGCUGCGCUGUUCAUCCUCACCGGCGAGGAAGGGGCGGGAGCGGUUACCGAGGAGGACCUGCAAAAGCUGCGCCAGGAACUGGGCUUGGACCGUCCCGUUCAUAUCCAGUACUUCGACUGGCUGUGGAAUACCCUGCGCGGCGAUUUGGGAAUCUCCAUCUGGUACCGGGAGCCGGUCACCGACGAAAUCCGGGAUAAGUUUGCCGUUACCCUGCAAUUAUCCAUCAUGGGCAUCAUCAUGGCUUUUGUCGUGGCCGUGCCGAUGGGCAUGAUUUCCGCCGUGCGGCAGGACACCUGGCCCGACUACGUCUGCCGGUCACUGACCCUCAUUGGGAUAGCCCUGCCGACUUUCUGGUUGGCGAUCCUCAUAAUCUACUUCUUGGCCUACGUCUUCAACUGGUUGCCUCCGUUAGGUUACGCCACCCUGUGGGAGGACCCCAUCCUCAACCUGAAGCAGCUUUUCUUCCCGGCUCUGGCCAUCGCCUUUCACGAUCUGGCUUUCACCGCCAGGGUAACCCGCUCCUCCAUGCUGGAGGUGCUGCGGGAAGACUAUGUUAGGACGGCCCGGUCCAAGGGGCUGCGCGAAACCAAGGUGCUAGGCAGGCACGCACUCCAGAACGCCAUCCUGCCCAUCAUCACGGUGUCGGGCUACCAGUUCGCCCGUCUGCUGGGCGGCACCAUCAUCAUCGAGACCAUAUUCGCCGUACCGGGCCUGGGGGCCUUUCCUGAUAGAAAGCAUCAUCCACCGGGAUUUCGUCGUAAUCCAAGCGGUGGUUCUGCUCACUGCGGCAGUGGUGCUGACCUUGAACCUGAUCAUCGACCUGUUCUACGGCAUGCUGGACCCCAGGGAUACGGUACCAGUGAGGCCGUAGCCGGGAACCUCGGCCAAAUUCCCCUCGGCGAUUCGAGCCACGGAGCCAUCUCGCUAACUUGA